AACCAGUUUGUGCAUAACGUCAGUUGUAUGUGAGCAUUCAUACACGUAAAAAGUUAAAAAGAUCAGCCUUUGAGCAUCUUCUCUGUCUAUCCUAAUUCAACGUGCACAAAAUGGAUUGUACGGAUCAUAAUACUACAUUGGAUCUAAGGAGAGCUGACCACACAGAUGAUACAGUACCAGAUGCUGAGCAUAAGGUCAAAAACGUUAACACUAAUGAAAGUGAUACACCCAAAAUAUCCGAUGAUGAAUACUAUGUUAAUGAUAAGCAUCUGAUAAAUACUGACAGUGAUGGUACAAAUGCUAUGACAAUCGAUGCCCGUACAAAUGGCAAAUCAACAGAGGUGGAAAAUAACUUUCGAUUAUCGAUUGAUGAAGAUACCUCUGUUCUACCUCCAAAAUAUGUCAACAGAUUUAGAUGGGAUACCAAAUUCAAAACAACAGGCUUGGUAAUCAAGAAAAGAAGGACGCUUUACGUAAAUACUCUCAAACCAGAUGGUGGCGAGCGAAUGAUAACUACACUCCCUGGUAAAUUGUUUGGAAUAUCAGGAUUUUGGGAUUACCAUUUGGCAAGAGCAAAUAAGGCCAUCCAUACGCCUGGUCUGCAUACAAUAGAUAUAACCAUUCACACCUUCCCUUCCGAAUCCGUCGAGGACCAUAUAGUUAUAGGUUUUGCGAAGGAUUCCUACAAUCCAUUCCAAGGAACUAAUAAGAAAAGUGGCCAAAUAUCGAAGCGUUUUGUCCGUAGUUCGAAGUGUCAUUGUGUAGUAGGCGAGAGCGACGAUUCUUGGGGAUGGCUUCUUUCGGAGAACAAGAUUUAUCACUCCGCGAAGCCAUCAGACCAGAAUUCACCAAAAGGUUUCGAAUGGACGAACUACAGAAAGUACAGGUUCAAAUUCUAUGUUGGAACAAACGCAAACUGCGAUGUCCAAGUUCUCGGAUUGGAUGGUUGGGGACACGAGAAUGACAUCGGAGUUCGCUUCUUCCAGCUUCCCACGCCAAUCUGGCUUGUUGCUGCAACGUCCGGCUCAUUCUCACCAAUAACAGUGCAAUAUAUAUCGGGACCCACAGAGUUUGUAAAGUUGUUGUCAACAAAUGGUAUAUGCCGAUGUGUUCGCUGUUGACGACGGAAUGGACCGAGUACACAAUGUUACAGUCUACAUUCAAGUACAGAGUGGAACAGCCUUUACCAAAGACGCACUCUGCAAUUCAUAGACAAUCUCUCAUCGUAGUGUGAUAAUGAUGAAUGUCCCCAGAGUUUAUUGUCCUCUCUCCAUGUAUGAUGGAGUUUAAAGUAGCUCUCUAGAUAUCUCCGUUGCUUGGUAAUGUAAUGCCCCAGUCACAUUUGAUCUACGACAACCGUACAGCGGCCGUAGCUUCAUU